AUGGUAAAUCAUCGUGCCAAUAGUGGACAGCCUAAUAUUAUCCCUGAUUUUAGGGUUGGUGAAGAACAACAUGAGGAUUUUGAAGGAAAUUACAUUGAAUCUGUAGAUGGACUUCGACAAAGUUUUCUGAAACUUAAAACAUUCAGUGAGAAAACAUUAAAAAUCACUGGCUGUCCAACUAAAACCAAAGCAACAUUUGGAGUCCAUCUUAAAAUAGUAGGAGACUGGACAGAACGGUUUCGUGAUUUACUACUGCCUCCACCUAGUCAAGAUUCUGAGAUUCUGCCCUUCAUUCAAUCUAGAAAUUAUCCAAAGCUGUACAUUGAUGGUCCAUUUGGAAGUCCAUUUGAGGAAUCACUGAACUAUGAGGUCAGCUUCUGUGUGGCUGGAGGCAUUGGAGUGACUCCAUUUGCAUCAAUACUCAACACACUUAUGGAUGACUGGAAAUCGUACAAGCUUAGAAGACUGUACUUUAUUUGGGUGUGCAGAGACAUCCAGUCCUUCUCCUGGUUUGCAGACUUACUCUGUACAUUGCAUAACAAGUUUUGGCAGGAAAAUAGACCUGACUAUAUCAACAUCCAGCUGUACCUCAGUCAAACAGAUGGGAUACAGAAGAUAAUUGGAGAAAAAUACCACGCACUAAAUUCAAGACUUUUUGUUGGACGUCCUAGAUGGAAGCUUUUGCUUGAUGAAGUAGCAAAAUGUCACAGAGGGAAAACAGUUGGUGUUUUCUGCUGUGGACCCAGUUCCAUUUCCAAGGCUCUUCAUAAAUUGAGUAAUGAGAACAACUCCUAUGGUACAAAAUUUGAAUACAAUAAGGAAUCUUUCAGCUGAAAAGCUUGGAGGUGAAGCAGGACUCUAAGGAAGGAAUGUGUGCAAUUUCUAAGACUUGGAAACUCAGCUGAAUCAAACAGCUAUGUGUGCCAAAGAUUAGCAAGGCUGUGUUUAUUUUUUUUAUUUAUGAUUAUUUAAAAUGAAAAUGUAGAGAAUGUGUCUAAAUGACAGGUCACAUUUCGUGUUUAAUCUGCAAACCAAAGGCCCUGAAGAAUAUUUGAGGAGAUGAUUCACUUUUCAGUGCCCAAAUUAGAAGAACACGAUUAGAUGCACACUAUUGAUUUUUAUGGCCGAAUCAAGGGCAACCUAGUGAGAAACUGAACAUAAUCUAAAGCUGAUAGCUGUGGACUCCUUAAAAUGUUUUUGGUUGAACAAAUGCAAGAUUGAAUAAAAUUAAAAAUGCAUUGAAACUUAGAUUACAUUUUCUACAUCGUACAUCAACAGAGUAGCUUAAAUUUGGAAAAGCUCCUGACAUGUAUCUGAUAUUUGAAAAUACAAUACAAGAUUCUGUAUUGAUACGGGUACUUUGUAUCAAUAUCUAAUUUUCCUCACUACUGAUGUAAUACCUCUACUUGAUGUUUGCAGACUGUAUGCUAACUGAAGCUUUUGUAUAUGUCUGUCUUCAGUCUAGGGAAAUCUGCUCUUGCUUGCAAACAUUAACACUAAUAAUUAAUAGGCCCAUUUUAUCUCCAAUUUACUUAAUCUACUAUUUUUAUAGCAAUAAAAUGUCCUUAUUGUAAUUUAUAAAGGGACACGUAUGCCAAUAACUCCUUCUCAUCUUUUAAGCAUUUUGAUCUAUUUUUCACAGAUAAACCUUGACUUAGUUUGCAACCUGUAAGAUGGCUUCGUUUAAUUUGCACAUGAAAUCUAAAAGGAUCAUUUAUUAGAGCAAUUCUGAAAUAUAAGACCUCAUUGCUUUGUUCCAUGGUGGUUGAUGAUGGUAAUAUUGAAAGUGUGGCUAUAUUCCUGAAAAGGGACUUGUUGCUUUCAUUCAGAUGAAAGUAGAUAUAUAUUGCUUGUUAUUCAAAUGUUAGUGUAGAUUUAAGAACAUUGCUGUUGCACAGUUUGGUAUUCAGAUGAAUUACUAUGUUUGUAAGUUACUGUUCACACCAUGCUGUCUAAUCAUAUCCCUUUGUUAUCUCUGGCUAGUAUGUUUUUGACUCACUUGAAAAAUCUACUUCACCACCUUAAAAGAAUUAAGGCAUUCAUACAGUUUAGUGAUGUUAUUUAGUAGACAUUUAAUAAUAGUUAUUAAAUAGAACACAUUGCUGAAA